GAAGCGGAAGUGUACUCUGACCAAGGUGGGCGGGGAAAAGGAGGCCGGCCCAGCAGGCCUCGCUGCCCUAACCUAAGAGCAGCCAUUCGGAGCGUGCUUUCCAGCCUUCCUGGGCGACCUUGCGGCAGGCCCGGGGGCACCUCACCUCUCCGCGAAGUCGGCGCCGCUAGCUUCCUGGAAUCGGGCUCCCCGUGACGUCAUACGCGGAGACUUCCGGCUCCGCUCGGGAGGUCGGGAUCACGUGCCGGGAGCUCCUGGAAUCCCCCGGCUCCUGCUGGCUUGUGGUGGAGAGGCUGGUCUUCUGGGAGGACGGAGCAGGUGGGCGCUGCUGCUGCGGGCCCGGGGGGCGCGGUUUGAAGGCCUGUAUUUGAGGACUUGGAGCAAACGUUUUGCGCGGCUUCCUCCUGUCUAGCGCGCAUUUGUUGAACAUCUUCUGUAACUAGCUUCGGCUGAGUUGACGCGGUCUCUGCUCACAUUUGCUGUACAAGACAGACUUGAGAGAAGAUGGUGACUGUCUCAGUAUCAAAGUCCGCAGAAGUUCUGUACGUCAGCAGCCUCCGUCCCUGUCCAAAGAGCAGACUCCAUGAAGCCAUUGAGUUUGUGCCUUGUAACAUAUGGGGAAAGCGAGAGAGAAUGAAAAAGCACUCAGCUAGGUGGUAUUGCCUGAGAAUCUAGGCAAUUCUUCAGACAGUCAUGGGUAUCCGAGGACUAAUGAGUUUUGUGGAAGAUCAUAUUAAUGAGUUCUUCACAGAUUUGAAGUUGCGAGACACAAAAAUUAUCAUCGACGGCUAUGCCCUCUUCCACCGGCUUUGCUUCAGUUCAAACUUGGAGCUCCGGUAUGGAGGGGACUAUGAUUCUUUUACAGAUGUUGUAGAAAAAUUCUUUGAAUCACUUUUUGCUUGUAAAAUCUGCCCAUAUGUUGUUUUAGAUGGAGGAUGUGACAUUUCAGAUAAAAAGCUUAACACUUUAAAGGAUCGAGCUAGGGAGAAAAUCCAGAUGGCCCAUUCCCUUUCUGUUGGCGGGGGUGGGUAUGUGUGUCCCUUACUCAUCCGGGAAGUAUUCAUACAGGUUCUGAUCAAGCUGCGGGUACGUUUUGUCCAGUGCUUUUCGGAAGCAGAUCGGGACAUUAUGACCCUUGCUAAUCACUGGAAUUGCCCCGUGUUAUCGUCUGAUAGUGACUUUUGCAUUUUUGACCUGAAAAGUGGGUUUUGCCCAUUGAAUAGCUUUCAGUGGAGAAACAUGAACACUAUCAAGGGCACACGAGACUGCUAUAUCCCUGCCAAGUGCUUUUCCCUUGAUGCACUCUGCUGUCACUUCGGCAAUAUGAACAAAGUUCUGCUGCCUCUCUUCGCGGUGCUGUGUGGAAAUGACCACGUUAAUCUGCCCGUCGUGGAGACGUUCUUAAGUAAAGUAUGUCUUCCUCUUGGGGCUCCCAGUUCUAAGGGGAGGAGACACCACCGGGUGCUGGGACUUCUGAAUUGGUUGUCUCGUUUUGCUGACCCUACCGAAGCGUUAGACAACGUUCUGAAACAUCUCCCCAGAAAGAGUCGAGGAACCGUGAAGAAGCUUCUCUGUGGCUCCAUGGGGGAGUACCUGCAGUCCCAGGGGAGGCUGCAGGACUUCUUCCAGCAUGGUACUUACACCUGCCCAGACACCUGGAAUCCGGGUUUACCGCCUUGGGUGCUCGCGGCCUUGGCCAGAGGCCAGCUGUCCCCUUUCAUCAGCGAUGCUCUGGUGCUGAGACGGACCAUUCUCCACACACAGGUAGAAAACAUGCAGCGACCAAACGCCCACAGAAUCUCUCUGCCCAUCCGGCAAGUCAUCUAUGGGCUCCUUGUGAAUACUCCUCCACAUCCGGGAAAUGUGGCCUGGGAUGCGCUGCCUCCUCAGCCGCCAGCUUUCAGCGAAGUGGAAAGGAUUAAUAAAAAUAUCAAAACAUCAAUUGUUGGUGCAGUAGAACUGCCCAAGGAUCAUUCUGACUUAAGCAAAUUGACUGAGCUCUCCUUGGCUAGACGGCAGAUACUUCUGUUAGAAACGCUGAAAGUGAAACAGAGCAUCCUGGACCCAAUCCCUGCUGCGUUGAAGUUGCCCAUCGCCGUCAGCUGCUACUGGGUGCAGCACACGGAGGCCAAGGCAAAGCUGCAUCAUCUGCAGGCCUUACUGCUGGGGAUGCUGAUGGGACCCUUGCAUGCCAUGAUCAACAGCCCUGAUGAGGAAGCUCCACAGGGCGGUGGUGCUGAGAUGCUGUAUGAAGAGCUGCAGAGAGUGAAGGCACAGCCGGGCCUGAGGCUGGACUUAGACACAGCUCAUGUCUUCUGUCAGUGGCAGUGCUGUCUGCAGAUGGGGCUGUAUCUCAACCAACUGCUGUCCACGCCUCUCCCAGAGCCAGACCUAACUCGAUGUAUUAAAAAGAUGCCUCUCCACUUGAAGCAACAGCUUUCUGAACCAUACAGGAUACGUUGCUCUGGCAUUUCUUUCCAGGUCUAAAUAAUGCUAAAAUUGAAGCCCGUGGGCUUCCCUGGUGGCGCAUGGUUGAGAGUCUGCCUGCCGAUGCAGGGGACGCAGAUUCGUGCCCCGGUCCGGGAAGAUCCCACAUGCUGCGGAGCGGCUGGGCCUGUAAGCCAUGGCGGCUGAGCCUGCGCGUCCGGAGCUUAUGCUCUGCAACGAGAGAGGCCACAACAGUAGAGGCCCGCGUACCGCAAAAAAAAAAAAAAAAAAAAUUGAAGCCCAUCCAGCUGUAAAAAUUCUAAGAUGAGAACUUCAUGCUGAGGAAGAACGUUUUAAACUUCAAAGGCAUGGACUUCCCUCAGGAAGCAUACCAGUCUGUUAUAAUGGGAGAAAGAAAUGAAGAGGUAAUACAUGGAAAAGUGUUCCAGCUAGUUUCACUGGAUUCAGUGUUCAGGGAGAGAAAUUUCACAUGAACAUGUUGCAGUACACAUGCAAUCACCUUUUCUUUUUUUUGGCCUUGCUGUGCAGCUUGCGGGAUCUUAGUUCCCCAACCAGGGACUGAACCCAGGUCACAACAGUAAAAGUGCUGAGUCCUAACCACUGGACUGCCAGGGAAUUCCCCCACAUGCAAUCACUUUUAGUCCUAACUAGUAAUAGGUAACAUUUUAGGUAUUUGGUUAAUAUAGCUAAAUCUUUGGUUAAAAGAGCUAAAUCAUACAUAUUUUAAGAAAUUUUCUCAUUAUCACUUUAGGAGAUACUUGGAGAUUUCUGUGUACAAUGUAACCCACUGUCAUGAGGAUCGAGGAAUACCUAGGAAUAUUUUUGCAAAAAACAAAAUGAAACAAUCAGUAUUUCAAUACUGGAUUUUUGAUACUUUAUGAGACUGAAUCAUUUGACUCUGUGAAAACAUUGGGUUGGCCCCGAACUUUUUGGCCAACCCAGUACCAUCGCAUGAGCUAGCAUACAAGAUUAGGAAAACUUUCCAGGUGUGUUGAUACAUAUAAUUAGCGCUUCUUGGAGGAUUAACUGAAGUGCUGGUUCUUCUUGAAAAACGGCCAUGUGUGUAUCCAGCCAUCAUUCCCCCCAUAUCUUCCUCUGUCUGGUUCAUGUGUCUUCCUCGUAAUGGGGGAAUAAAUCAAAGGAUGUUGACAGGAAAUACAAGUCUACUCUUCAGUCUCAAUGCUUGCUGUCAUGGAUACACAGUAAUGAGCUCUACUUCAUAAUGGAGGAUGUGGAUUAAUCUACCUAUUAAGGUGAACUUGCUCUGACGUGGAAGCCUUUGAGUAAAUACAUAUUAACAUUACUCUAAAAAAAAUAGGGUUUAUAAACAUACCAAUGAGAAACACUACAAAUUAUUGCUAAAAUUGCUAAAAACAGCAUUUUAUGCUUUCAUUAAAAGACUGGAAGGAACCCUGUUUUCAGAUUUCCUAUUCAGUUGUCAUUCAUUUGUGUAGGAUGGGGUGUAGCGGGGAAAUGAGGGAACCAGGGGGUUCUGUUGGGGAUAUGUUAAACACAGCUUUUAGGUGCUUAAGUGUUGAGAAAUUAGCUGCUAGGCAGCUGGAUAUAUGUCUGGAGCCUAGAUUAGUCUUUGGGUGUUGAGAUUAUGAAAUGUUUUCCUCUCCUAUUCCUCUGUUUACAAAUAUCUCCAAUGAGUAUGUUGUACUGUUAUAAUCAGAAAUGUUUGUAUAGUUGAAGACUCUAGGAAGGAUGGCAUCAAGAGAGCAAUCUUCUGAGGUUCCCUUGUCUUGCCCCCCAAAACUAAGGAAAACGAGGUAAAAAUGGUGGGCAGGGGGCCUUUGGUAUUGAAAUCUGGGAAUGGUGACAUCCACAAAUCCAAGUUCCCAAUCACAAAGCACUGUAGCCCUUCAAGCUCCCAGAUUUAUGCAAGUUGUGUCUGUUUUUGUUUUAAACAAAGAAACUGACCCUAUUAUGUAUAAUAACCAUAAUUCAUUCUGUAAAGCUAUUUUGAUAGGUUGGACAGCCAAGGAGAAUUCACUAAGAAAUACUGUCAUAACUUUACCUUAGAAAUAUAAAGACUGUGCAAAUA